AUGUCGUCAAUAAAUAAUCAAUCAACAUCCACAAAAAGAAAUGCAAAUAAGCCAUUAAAUUUAUCUGGCACAUCAGUUAACGACAAACGCUCACGACUAAUUGAGCAAAUCAAUAAUUUAAAUUUUCAAGAAAUUUUACAACAAAUGAAUAACGACACCACAACACCUCCGUGGGUAAAAAUUCUAAUGACCCAAAUGCAGCAGAUAUUAACAUUGACUUCUGAAUUGAUAGUGGAACAACAACAACAAACUGGGAAUCAACAAUCUAACCAACUUCAAUAUGGUGAAUUUAGGCAAGAAAUGGAAGAGAAGGAAAGACGCCACUGUCUCGUGCUUAAUGGAUUACCAGAAAGUGAACAAGCCGAAUCAAUGGAGAAGGCUAAGGAUGAUCAACAACGAGUUUUACAGGUUUUAAAUGAAUGUAAGGUUUCAAGUGCUUUGCCAAGUGGGAUUUUUCGUAUGGGGAAAAUUAAUCAAAAUAAACCUCGCCCAAUUAAAAUUAAAUUUCCUUGUUCAUAUGCUGUUCGGGAGGCACUCUCAGGCAAAAAAUUUCUAAAAAAUCAAUACAAACAUUUACAUUUGCGAGAGUCCCUUUCCAAAACAGAACUUGCCAAUCGAUCCAUUCUUAUUAAAGAGUGUCAUGAAAAACGUAAGGCGCAUCCCGGUGCCGACUUCAUUAUAUAUGCAGGUAUGGUAAUUUUGCGGGAGGAGAUCCCAAUUUUUCGCACAACCAUAAAUACAAAUCCACACUCAAAAAACUUAAUCUCCUCCCACUAA